AUGGACAGACGGCGUCUUUAUACGGAUGAGGAGGAGAGUGGUCCUUUGGCGGAGCUGCUGAGGCGCCACGGGCCAUUUACCUUCGAGGCGCCUCAAGAAUCGCAUAUAGGGACUGAGGAGGAGGAGAGUGGUCUCUUGGCGGAGCUGGUGAGGCUCGAGGGACAAGUUGAAGAGCCCAUUGUGGCAGCAGCCCUCGUGUGUCCGCCUACCCCACUUCUCAAGGUGCCUCGAGGCUCCAAUGGGAGCACUGGGCAGGCGCUGUUGAGGCGCCAGGGACAGCUUGAGGAGCUCGCCAUGGCGCCUUGCAUGCAGCGUCGGCUGAAUGUGAGUCCCCAGGAGCCCGUGCAGUCUCCGUCCCUUUCACAUGCUCAAGUUCCUGUUUUGGAACGAGCCGUGGUGGAGCUGUUUCAGGAACAGCAAUGGCAGCAGCGGCAGCGGCGGCGGCGGCAGCAGCAGCAUCAAGUGGCAGUGGAGAGCUGGAGCGCACAUGGUUUGAGCGCAUCUGGAACAGACGGUAUGGCGGUAGCAGGCGUUGGUGGUGAUGUCGCUACCAUUGAUAAGUUUGGUGCAGCAUCGGCCUCUCUGGUGCAACAGCAGCAAGUGGCGGUCAGAAGCUGGGUGGCACAGGCUGAGCUGGCAGGGCUGUCUCUGCCGCCCGAUUUGAUCCAAGAAUCUGUGCAUGCCGCCCGUUACGCGCAGAUGCAGAUGCGGAUGGAGGAGCAAGGGGGGAUGGGCGAUUCUCGUGUGCAUGAGAUGCUUGAGUAUUCUCAAGGGCACGCUGAGGUGGAAAAACCAGCCCUGGCUUUCCCGGUGUGGCUGGAGGAGGGUAGGUGCUUAGUACAGGAGGGACAAGGGAUGAACAGCAUGGACCCUGCAUUGUCAGGCGGCCUUGCCGGGCCCGCCAGCGCCUGCCUUAACUCACACGACGAUGCAUCUCUUGCGGCCUCCCCAGCAUCACGCCUUGCUGUUGCAGCUGUUGCUGCUGCUGCCUGUCCGCUCCCUGCUUUCUUCACGCCCACCGCUCCUGGUGUUUGCUGCACGCCUGGCUGUGCUGGUGCUUGCUGUUCACCUGCUGCCACUCCUGGUGUGUGCCAUGAGGGAGAAUGGGGUCACGCCGUGACAGUGCAAGAGGCUCCUGCCACGUGGACGUCCCUGAUUGGUUCGGAGAAGGUACUGCAGUGGUCGAAAGUGAGGGGAGUAUCGGACGAGAGGGAAGUGAUUAAGGCAGAGUGGGCGGAGAGAAAGGAAGAGACGGGAGUGAAAGAGGCAAAGCGGAAGGAGGGCGGGUGGGAAGGGGAGGACUGGCGACCGCGCAUUCGAGCACGAUUGGAUGGGCAGGCGGUGGGGCUGGGAUGCAUACAGGCCAGGAGCAUGAAGGAGAGGCACCGCCGCGAUCGCAUCAGGUGA